CGGUUCAACCUGCCGGCGGUGAAGCUGGAGAACUCGGCAGGGAGAGAAUUCUCCCAGCAUCGAACUGUGUCCAGUCGCCGCGGUGCUAAACCCACCGCUCGCUGCUGACUAUGUAGCCCGACCAGCUUGCUCCCUGACACCGCGCGGAACACACGAGAAGACGGCGGAGCUGCCUGGAGCUUUCCGGCUGAGCGACGCUCCCUCACCGGGGCAUUAAGACUUCUCGGCUCCGUUGGAGAUUGUGAUCACAUCCAGCAACAACAACAGCAGCUGGCUAACAAGCUAACGAGCGUUAGCAUCCACCCGCUCAGACAGCGACUGUGACACCGGAAAGGCCGCCGCCGCGCCCGGUGUGGAUUUAACUUUCUCCGGCCGCCUCGUCCGGACUGAACCGACCGAAAGUCUCUGUAGACACUGAUAAACGUAUCGUAACACCUCGGUAAGAAUGGACACGGCUCUGGGAAUGAGCGAGGAGGAAUGCUUGGCAACUGUGAGAGGUCAGGAGCUGAGGUCUGGCCAGAAGGAGUCCAGACUACUGUCACUUAUUGAGCGCAAUGGAGAGUUUAUAUUGGGUGUGUUGGCCACCCCUGACGCUGUCGUGUCUCGUCCAGUCCCUCAGCUGUCUAUACCCAUCAAUGGGAACUUUGAAAUAGUUCGAGAAGCAGACGAAGCUCUUCUUAUUGACUUCUCGGUGAAUUCUUUUGUCAGGGUACGAAUUAAAGGCGAAAAAGCCCCAGAGCUGCUGUUGGAACUACAGGAUGAUGAUCGGACUCAAACUUUCUUGACCCAGCUGAAGAGUGCUCAGCAGCAAGUUGAAUCGAAAGUCACAAAACCAAAAGCGAUGGAGCCCCUAGCCCCAAUGACUCCGAGGGGUCCAGUCCCCAUCCCACCACAAAGAAUAAACAAGACUGCUAACCCUGUGGGCUCUGGAGUUAACCCAUCCAAACCUGCCCCUGCACUGCCCCCCAACCACCACAACAGCACUACAACAAAUCAGACUAAGACAGAUCCAGCUCAGUCGCUUGCCUCAGACUUUGGCUUUGAAGACAGCUUCAACCACGCUCUCAAAGUGGAGGAAAAGAAGAACCACCAGAAUCGCAUGGUUGCCACCAGGGAGCCUCCUCCUGUUCCCCCUCUGCCUCCUCGCAAAGCCUCUUACACUCCAUCCAAUCCUCUGCCUCCUGCACCAGUCCCUAAAGAGAGAUCUGUCUCCAUACAGGCCAAAGAGAACUCCUUUAACACUAAGCCAGAUAGUUUUAGGUCUGGGUUUGACCGUGUGGACAGACCACCUUCUUGGUGUGAGAGCCCCACCACCAACAGCAUGAGGCAGACCAUGUUCUCCAGCCAGGCAGGACAAAGAGAAUACCUCAUCAAACACCGUCUGGGCAAGAAGGAGAAUGAGUAUGUGGACAUCCAAACAUUUAGGAUUUUCACAGGUACAUGGAACGUGAACGGUCAGUCUCCAGACAGCACCCUGGAGCCAUGGCUCUCCUGUGACACAGAACCUCCUGAUAUAUAUGCUCUGGGUUUUCAAGAGUUGGACCUGAGCACUGAAGCUUUCUUCUACAUGGACUCGUCCAAGGAGCAGCUGUGGGUGGAAGCUGUGGAGAGAAGUUUGCACCCGAAAGCCAAGUACAAGAGGGUCCGGAUCAUACGACUCGUUGGGAUGAUGCUUGUGGUCUUUGUCAAAAAGACUCACAAAAAUCACAUUAAAGAAGUGGCUGCAGAGCAUGUGGGGACUGGAAUCAUGGGGAAAAUGGGGAACAAAGGAGGCGUGGCUGUGAGGUUUGUUUUCCACAACACGAGUUUCUGCAUCGUAAACUCUCAUCUAGCAGCACACGUAGAAGACUUUGAGCGCCGCAACCAGGACUACAAAGACAUAUGUGCCCGCAUGACCUUCCACUUACUGGAACACCCCCCUCUCAAUAUCGUCAAGCACGAUGUAGUGAUCUGGCUCGGGGAUUUGAAUUAUCGCCUGUUCAUGUAUGACGCUGCUGACGUCAAACAGCUCAUUGCACAGAAUGAGUUAAAGAAGCUUCAGGAGGUUGAUCAGCUGAACAUUCAGAGGCAGACGAAGAGAGCCUUCACAGAUUUCAUGGAGGGAGAUAUUAACUUCAUGCCCACGUACAAGUACGACCCAAAAACAGAUCGAUGGGACUCAAGUGGAAAAUGCCGUGUCCCGGCUUGGUGCGACAGGAUCCUUUGGCGGGGCAACAAUGUCAAGCAGCUCAAAUACCGAAGCUGCAUGGAGCUGCAAACAAGUGACCACAAACCCGUCAGCUCCCUCUUCACUGUCGGGGUAAAAGUUAUAAAUGAGAAGCGACACAAAAAGGUGUUUGAGGAGAUUGUUCGAGUGAUGGACAGAAUGGAGAAUGAUUUCCUUCCAUCUGUAUCUCUGAGCCAGAGAGAGUUUGCAUUUCAGAAUGUGAAGUUCCGGCAGCUUCAAAAGGAGCGUUUCCUCAUAACCAACGACGGGCAGGUCCCCUGCCACUUCGCCUUCAUCCCAAAACUCAAUGACUCACAAUAUUGCAAAUCCUGGCUGCGUGCCGAGCCAAGCGAAGGAUUCUUAGAGCCCUCUGAGACCCUGGAGAUUUUUCUGGAGGUGUACGUCAGUAAAGACUCGGUCACGCUGCUGAACUCUGCAGAGGACUCCAUAGAGGACAUUCUGGUGCUCCAUCUGGACCGUGGCAAGGACUACUUCAUUACCAUCUCCGGCAACUACCUGCCCAGCUGCUUCGGCACCUCGCUGGAGACUCUGUGCCGCAUGAAGAAACCCAUCAGAGAGAUUCCCAUCACCAAACUCAUUGACCUGGGAGAGGACAGCUACAUGGAAAAGGAAAAGUCAAAGGUGAGCUUCCUGAUGGUGGAUGGUGCAAGUACUGAGGACAAACCUCUAAAGAUCCCCAAGGAGGUGUGGAUCCUGGUCAACCACCUCUUCACCAAGUCCUGUGAUCAGGAGGACCUGUUCCAGACACCAGGCCUGCAAGAGGAGCUGCAGAGCAUCAUCGACUGUCUGGACACCAGCAUCCCCGACUCCAUCCCCGGUUGUAACCACUCUGUGGCCGAGGCUCUGUUGAUCUUCUUGGAGGCGGUGCCAGAACCAGUGGUUUGUUAUGAGCUCUACCAACGGUGCCUCGAGUGCGCUCACGACAGCCGCCUCUGCAAACAGUUGAUCUCCCAGUUGCCCCGGGCUCACCGCAACGUGUUCCGCUACUUAAUGGCCUUUCUGAAGGAACUUCUCAAGCACUCGCACAACAACAACCUGACAGCCAGCCUCAUAGCCUCCCUCUUUGCCAGCCUCCUUAUCCGACCACCUCCCAACCUGGUCAGCAGGCAGACGUCACACGAGCGGCAGAAAGCCAUCGACUUUGUUCUGGGUUUCCUCAUGGCCGGAGACGAGGAGUAAACAAGGUCAAGACUCCCUCACAGCAUCCGUAGAGUUUGGAGUUAAACUCUACCUGACUUAACUUUUGGCACGGGACCUGGACCCAUAGGACUGUGUCACAUGACCCACUUGGUAUUUUGUCGUCUUUUUGGAGACCACACCUGACACAACUCUCAUGUAAGAGGAACCACAGACUGACUUUAGGACUGGGACGACAUUAUCAAGUGUCAUAUCUUCACCCACAGUCUGACCGAUCACUGGAUUUUGGAGAACUGGGCAGAGGUUUGGACUGAUGCCUUUGCACUUUCAGAUGACCUAAAGGACCUGUAGGUCGGUGCUCAUGCCAAAAUAACCCCUGAAUAGUUAUAGGUAUGAAUGUAAAAACACUAUGUAUCCAUAGAUGCUAAGGAAAAGACUCAAUCACACUAAAGAAAAGGAAAUUCCUGUCGUUUUAAGAAGUAGACUGAAUUUAAGGACAACAAUCGGCUAUGAAAUUAAAACCAGUGAAAUGUUUUAAUGUUGUCGCUGAUCGCUGUUCACUAAUCAAAGCAUUAAAUAGAUAUAAAUAAGUAAAUAAAGAGCAUAAUUGUGGAAAUCUAUAACAAAGAAUGUUUAAGCUUAAGAUAAAUCAUGACAAUCAUCAUUUUAUUUGAGGGGACAACAUUGAGAUAACCAAGAUAUUUUUUUUUUUUUGCCAUGUCCGUCAUGUUUUAACUGUUAUUUAUAUAUUGUUUUCUUCCAAGUUUGCACCAUGUGAAAAGAUUUCGAGUCAUACUACAGUUUGUUUUUAAUUCUGCCUCGGUUCAAUGGAAAUAUUCAUAUUUUUAAUCAUCAUGUUAUAGAAAACUCUUUCGUGUGUGUGUGUUAUUUUGUAACUUCAGCUGUGAGCCCCUCAUCUCGUUUGGCCAGUUCCUGCUGAGUUACAAAACACGUCUGUUAACACACCAACUAACUUCCUGGUUGACCGGAAUCAAGAGUGACGCUCUGUGGUGUUCGGUGUCUUAAAUGGUGUAAAUACUGCUGUGGUUGUUUCAUAUGGCCGUUGGUGUGGUGGUGCAGGUCUGUGAUGGUGUCUCCAGUCCGUCAUGUUUGUCAUGAAGGUGGUAAUCUUAAUGUCUGUGUUUGUUUACGUCUUUUUCCUCCACAUCCUGAAGCUCAUCCUUCAUAGUUUCAUGCCUGUGUGAUGCCAACACUCAAACCACAUGAGUAGUACUUGCUUUAAGUGAUGCAACAUUUUCUAUGUGCAAGAUUUAAUGGCUCAUUACUCUGCAGGAUACAGCCCGUCUUUGUGCAGCUUUCUCAUUUGUGCCACAGGGAUUUUUUUGCCUGCAAUCGCUGUUGCAAAAAACGUCCUGGUUAUUGAAAAAAGGAACUUGUACAUUGUGUAUAAUGACCAGUAUUUCCUCUUUAACAUGACCAGUAUUUCCUCUUUUUUUCCAAAGAGAUGUCAGCAUUAGAUUUCCCAGUUGACAAAAACAAAACCACACUCGUGACACUAAUUUACUUCUCUCAGUAUCUUCUGCAACGUAGUGAUGCCGGCGGUUUUCUUCUCAGACACUCCAGAAACUCUGCGUCACGAUAUUUUAUCCUCGGAGACGAUGCGAGCACAUGACAUAAUAUGACAAUUCUGGCAAUCGUGGCACUUAAAAGGAAAAGCCUUCUCUAUUGGUCUUAACUGAAGCAAGCUUUGAAACCAGCUUUUAACCAAAAGGUGGCUCAGGUGUGACGGGAACGAUCCUGGUGAUUCAGAACUUGGGAGAAGCGAUGUAUACAGCGGCCCUUCAGUUACUCGCUUUGUCAGAAAUUCUGCCCUCAACAUGUCAAAUAGAAAAAUCAGUAUAAUCAAUAACUUCAGAUUGUAAGUGUUGUCGUAUGCCACUGUAUCAACUGAUGUAUUUGUGUGGAUUCAUUGUGCUUCUUGUCUUUUUUUGUUUCUGAUCAGAAAUAUUGAGGUCAAUUUAAAGGUACGCAAGGAAACACUCGCACUUGUUUUCAACUUUUCAGAGUUUUUGGUACUUUUAAUUUAUUUAACAGAAAUAAAACUAUGUAUAAAGCUGA